ACAGUACAUCCAGUUGCAUUACCCGGUGUCCCUUACUGUUCAUUAUAAUAUUCGCUCCAAACACGUUCGGUUGCAUCGGAGGCCGGCCAAGUUCUGAACCUUUGUGCCUUAGCUGAGGAAUAUAGCAACGAACCUAGUAAUACAAUCAGAUAUCAAAAACGUUCUUGUUCUCAAAGCUUCGCUUGCAAUACGAAGAUGAUAUUGAUGCCUUGCUGUGAAACCUAACUGCUCACUUCGAUGGCGAGCCCGCGCACUUGGACCUAUUUAGGUUAAUAGUCGAAUACUUCUCCACCUUCAUGAGAUGGAUGUGUCUUCGGGGUUCGGCGAGUCGCUGCACUCCUGCUUUCGAACGAAUGCCCAUGAAUUCGUCGGGCUUCUCCAAACGAAGAUACACGAAGUUCAUUUUAGUAACCGGGACUCAUAGUCACCAUGCGCUCCUCUAGCUUUCUAUCAAAAUCAGAUCCUAUCGUCAAGGUUUCAGCGCCCAGUCAAGUUCUGGUCUUACUAGGUGACCAUUGAUAACAGUGGAUGCCCGCCAUCAUCUGUUUUGCUUGCUGGCUGAUGCAAUCUUCGCUCACCGGUUUUAUGUUUGGAGGUUGGGCAAAGUAUAAGAACUUCACUUCAAUCAUGGAUGCUCCCUAUCGCAGGUCGAUCCUCUUUCUUCGUCGUUCUUUCUUUGGGUGGUCUUUGACUGCUCUCCUCUUUUCAUGACCGUAAUGAUUUCAAAGCCUACAAUCUUUCUUCUCGCCCUGGUGGCACUUCUUUCUUUCACGAAUGCUUUCCCUAUAUCUCAGCGCGCCGUCGAUCUUUCAUGUAUGUUCGAGGCUUGUGACCCACCUAAACCUGUUGCAACUACCACUCCCUCUCCUCCACGAAACACGUUCUCAUGGCCCGUCGUCAGUAUCUCUCCCCUACCGUCGCAGAAACCGUGGCCAGUUAGCUUCCCUUUCCCGGUCCCCAUCCUAUCGUCAACAUCGAGCCAACCUCCUGCUAUCACCGCCUCUGCUCCUAUCCCUAGUGUUGUAGUUCCGAAGCCAUCAGCUCCUUCUUCCGAGGCGCCUCCAGUGCAUUCGAGUGCGGUGCCGCCUCAUAUUUCGAGCCAAUCUCAUGUCGAGACCCACAGUAGCUCUCAUCUAACGACGCAGACCAGUUCUUCGGUCGUACAUCCGACUUCUUCGCAUGUCACAGUACAAGAAAGCAACUCGCCAUCUCAGGGUCGUCCCUUGCCAUCGACACGCUCGUCAGAGCAUGCUUCGACACACAUCGUCCCUGUCCCAAGCACGCAUAGCACGUCCUCAUCAACAAGAGGUGCAGUUAUACCAACUCAUAUCUCAUCGUCACCUUCAACACGUGGUGCUACCACGCAUGCAAACCCUUCCUCAACACGGAAAACUGCUUCGCCGACGCAUAUUUCAUCUUCGACGCGAGGUGUGAUCGUCCCAACUCAGGGUGAACCCACCUCUCCACAUGGAUCACCUCACGGUUCUCCGACGCACUCUCCUAAUCCUGGAUCUACGCAGGGCGGUUUGCCUCUGCCUCUGCCUCCAAUACCACCACUGCCACCUAUCCUACCCCCUCUCCCUCCUCACGGUCCCCCUCGUGGAUCACCUCACGGUGCUCCUACGAAGUCUCCUGGUUCGUCCCCAACACCAGGUGGUUCAUCUCCGCCUCCGCCUCUUCCACCUCCGCCUCCUCCCAAUGGUUCCCCUUCACAUCCUUCGGGCACCAUUGCACAGUCACAUGGCACGGCAUCGCCUACGACUCACCACUCUGCCACAGGAACCCAGAGUCACGCGCAGGUAACGACAUCAGGUGUUUCGCCCUCUCAUUCAUCAGCGAAGCCCUCCUCCUCUCCAUCUGGAAGUACCGCUUCUCCUCAUGCCACGUCACCUUGUGCUGUAGGCAAAAACGGAAAGCGUGCACCGCCGGCUUGCACCCCGCCUGCCCCAGUUCCUACAAAGCUCACAUUCUCCCCAGAUAUUACACAAAAAGCUGAUCAGGAACUUGCCCGUAUCAAACCACAUAUUUUCACCGGCGAAAAGGACCCUUUUGCUGGGAGGCAUACCGUCAGUAUAGUCCAUGCUGCGUUCCCAGGUCUUCAAGGAAAUUGUGACAGUGCUACUCGCCUCUGUACCUUUGAUGUACGUUCUACCGUGUUCCGAAGCAUCAUGGUACUGGGUUCUGAAUCACUCACUAUAUUGCAGUACUCCAACGCACCAGGGGUUUCCAAUAAGAAUAAAAAGAUCAAGACAGCCUGGGAUGAUGGUACCACUCAUCCCAAUCCAUGGACACAGAACGAUAUCGAAGAUGUAUGUCGCCAGGCCAUUGGCAAGGUGUUCCAGCUCAACGGCGGCACGCUGGGCGUCAAGGCUAGCAGUGCAUCGUUCUCGAUUGCAACCAAGUUCGGGAACAACAUCUGUGUCAAAGUGAAUGUCAUACCUCUGAAUAAAAAGAAAAACAGGCCCAACCCACAAGUGUCGUCGUGCUUCCCUGUAGGCAUCAACCCUAUCCAAGAGACCCCUGGUGAUCCAUGCUCGGCUCCUCAGACUACGACGUCGGAUUACACAGUGUGACCUCGUGAUACUCAAGGCUUCUUGCUUAGGCAAGUUUGUAGCAUUAUAGCUGCUAGUCUUUAGAAUCCGAAUAGCAUGGCGAAUCUACCUAUACUUUGGGGUACAUACAUUGCGUCAACCUGAUAAGCGUAGCAGCAGGCGAGAUACACGUGUGCCUUUAGAAGCUCGAAUGGCACAGACAAAUUCAGAUGACAUUGUUUGAGACGGUGAACAUUCGUAUGGAUAUAGAUCACCCAAACAACAUUGUUUGAAGAGACAAGUAUUCAGACUGUUCUUUCUCUCCGCUCUCCAUGUAGUCAACCCAUUUUUUCACCUUCCUCCUUGACAACUCGUCAUCGCAAUACUGGAUAGCGAAUUCAAGAUCGGCUUUCCGCUU